AUGUCUUUCCACUGCUCCGCCAGCGACAUCGAGUUGAUCGAUGGCCACAUCCUCAAAGCUGUCCUCGACAACGGUGAGGGCGACCAGAAUGAAUCUCACUUCGAUCUGAACGAAUGCAUCGGAAACAACGACGGCCGCUUCGAGUGGGGUGGUGAGAACUUCUCCCACAGCGCCGAGGAAAUUCACUUCACUCUUGACGAGCGCGAGGACGGCCCUGCGGUUCCCAUCCUCCGUGCUCAGCUGGGCAACAUGGAGGGAGAGAUGUGCUACGCUGAUAUCAACCUGGGUGAACGCAUCACCAACAACGGCGGCAACUUGGAAUUCCAGUAG